AUGUUUUCAUUGCAGGUGCGAACGGUACCGGUUUCGGUGUGGGUUGGUGGUGCUGCAUCAAUCAGGACGGCAGACGCGGCUUUGUACCAGCUAAUCGCCUUCGUAUGCUUCAUCGAUUCGAGUACAACACUUCACCUCAGGCAAAUUCUUUCGUUAUCAUGUUUGUCAUUAGCACAACACGUUGACGAUCACUCAUGCGUUUUCGCAUCGAGCUGUUCCAGAACUUUAGUUGUCCUUAAUUUGUUUGCAAUGUACAAUUUGGCUAAGCCGUCAAGCGGUUGGGAAGCACAAAGAUCUGCAGUAUCAACCAAAUUAGAAGAACCGGCUUCAUCAGCAUUCACCAACAGCAGCAGCAAUAACAGGCGACGGUUCCUGCUUGGUGACGACACAGCAAAGUUCAUGCCGUUCAUUGAUGACGAUGAUUUUAUGAAUGGGGCCACAUCUUCCCUCACCAAUGAACUCAUCAGAUCGCUGUUUGAUCGAAUAUUCCCGCUGUCGCCACUGGAACGUUUCAAAAAUACUCCAUUGCGUCAUAUGUCCAGUGGUCAUAUUGGCGGCAUUCCCACUGGCGGAGUGGUGCGAAACAUCCCAAUUAAAGUGGAACGAGUAAGUGAUUUUGGUAUACGUUUUUGUUUCACAGCCUUCAGCCCUGAUAAAAAAAAGCGCCAGCCUUACUAG